AUGGUACAAGCGCUUACCCAGGUACCCCGUGCGCUCGGAAUACCAGAAAUCAUCAAAGAGAUAUUUUCAUAUUAUGCGCCUCAGACGAUCAGUGGUGCAAGCGCACAACGCGGAGACACAGCGACAAUUUUAGCUUGUGCCCUUUGCUGCAAGGCUUUCUCCGAAAUCGCUCUCGAUACCCUUUGGUAUGAAAUGGUCGACCUCGUUCCCCUGAUCUCCAUCCUUCCUGGUAUCAAGCUCUUGGAUAACAAUUUGUUUAUAAACGGCGAACUACACGACGCUACUUGCUCCCGAUUCUGGAGUUACAGUUGUCGAAUACGGCGCCUCCUCAUACCGUUGCGAAAGUCGACAGAACAGGCCAUCCAUAUCUCCGUCUACUCGCGUUUAUCAAUGAGGUUUCCUGGCCGUGCAAUUCUUCCCUCCUUAGAGAGCCUGAAUUACACUCUGACGGACAAGGAAGAUACGGCGAAAUAUGCCUCAGAGUUUCCCAUCCUGUUAUCUGCGUCCGUCCGACAGCUGCGCAUUUAUAAUCGCGCCAGUGAAAAGAUGUGCGAGGCCAUCUUGUCCUUCCUUUUCGACAAGGCAUCCCAGUUUCGGCAUCUCACAAUAAACGGACCACCUCCGUAUUAUUUUUUCAACCACUCAUUACGGCUUACUUCAUUACGGACCUUGGUUUUGUUAAAAUGUCAGGAAACGUUUCCUGAUCUCGCCCAUUUUUUCAAGCAGUUGCCAGAUCUCCAGAACCUGACCGUCUGGGUCACACUGGAAUGGAUUCCGUCUCCAGAUGAUACAAUCAUUCCAACCAAUCUACUUCCCAAUCUUCGGUUCUUAUCUGUGCAGGGCCCAGAAGAGUCAUGCCUCCUAUUUCUGCAGGAGAUUUCAGGGAAAAAGCUGGUUCGCCAACGGAUCAACUUUGAUGAGAUUACAACGAAACGCGGACGUGCAUGUCUAACCCACCUAUCUCGAUUCCCCUCCCUGCGUAAAAUCGUCCUGCGGUAUAAUUCUGUUGAGGCUACGUCAGUGGAGGCAUUGAGCAUUCUUAACCCCCUCCUUGAUCUUUCACAUAUCCAAGAUUUGGCCCUCAGGACAUUGCCCUCCUGGGUUAAGAUCACCAAUGAUACAAUCCGCGGCAUCGCCUCAGGCUUGAAGAAUCUACAAACGUUACAUAUAUCAUAUAAGCAUCAUCCGAAGGCCUUCAAGACAACCUCUCAUGCGCUCGAAUCAAUCGGAUUAUUCAGUCUUAACCUUCGGGAGCUGACUCUCCCCAUUGAUUUGGCGGAUCUCACUAAAUGGAGCAUCCCAAGGUCUUCCUGUGCGCCAAGCCUCGUCUCUCUGGACCUUGUAACGUCUUCCGGUGAUCAAGUUCUAAUCAGGCAAUUCGUUGCGGCCCUCUUCCCAAACGUGAAAAAACUCAGUAUCAAAUGCACCUGA